AUGCAGAAGAAGGAGGAAACCAGCCAUGUGGAGCACACGCUGGAAAAUACAGCAGCCGAUGCACCCAGUACGAAUGAGCUCCGCGGACGUGCUAUCCAACAACAAGAGCACAACCGCAGCUACUGGGAAACCCUCCGCAAAGACCCCCGUCUCCUUUUCUGGAUUGGCGUCAUGCUCUGGACGCUAAUUGUCCGCGGUUUCGAAAACCAAUCCUCCGGCUCGGUCAUCAGCAUCACAGAGUUCAAACGCCGAUUCGGCAAGAUAGACAAAGAUGGAUCCUACUUCAUCAGCACAGACUGGCAGUCUGCGCUUAGUGGAGGGUCGAACGCGGCAGCCAUUGUCGGCGCCUGGGGAGGAUCCUAUUUCGCGGAUCACUUUGGUACCAAGCCCGUUCUCCUAUUUGCAUGCGCGAUAAACAUUGCCUCGGUCGGCGUGGAGUUUGCGACUACAUCAAUUGCAAUGUUCUUUGGUGGGAAGAUGAUGAACUUUGUGGCUAUUGGUGCUUUUCAGAACCUCUGCACUGCAUAUGUGGCCGAUAUCUCACCCCUUGCUAUUCGAGCCUCAGUGAUUGGUUUUUGCAAUCUUUCACAAUGUAUAGGGCCAUUUAUCUCCGCAAUCAUGUCUUACUAUACCUCUUCAUGGGACAAUGACUGGUCUUGGAAAUCACUGGUGUGUGCUCAGUGGGGGUUCGCGGUGGUUGGAUUUGUUGGACAAAUAUUCAUGCCUGAAUCCCCGGUCUUCCUUGUUCGGAAGGGAAAGUUUACUGCCGCUCGUGCGGUUCUCGGUCGCCUUUACAGUGACGCUAAUGAUGCGGAAGGGCACUUUGAGAGAAUCAAAUUGACUCUUGAGGAAGCUGAAUCACAGAAGACUGCUUCUUAUAUGGAAUGUUUCCGGGGUACCAACUUGCGCCGAACGAUGAUUGCCAUGCUUGUGUUCAGUGCUGAACCUAUGUCUGGUCUCGGUUUCGUGUCGAACUAUGGCUCUCUGAUGUACCAGUACCUUGGAAUUGGCGAUCGGCAAUCAUUUCUCAUUCAGAUUGGUGCUCAGAUCCUAUCAAUCUCCGGUGCCAUCGUUUCAUUCUUGGUCAGCGAUUUCGGAGGUCGACGACCAAUGUUCAUUAGUGGCUGUAUUUCCUUGACAAUUCUUCUACUAUGUAUGGGUAUCGCGGGCUCAGUGAACACAACAGCAGGUACCACUGCUGCUGUAGGCUUCUACACUAUGUACAACUUCGUCUUCAACGCAGGCGUGGGAUCCAACGUAUACGCAAUUGCCGGCGAAGUUCCGACAUCAAUUCUGCGCACAAAGACUUCAGCCCUGGCUAUUUCUGUCGAACAGGCGAUCUACACCAUGUGGUCCUUUGUAUCCCCGUACAUCUUCAACCCAGAUUACGGUAACCUGAAGGCCAAGAUUGGUUUUGUGUUCGGUGCGUUUAUGCUGGGAUACAUUGUCCUUGCGUAUCUCUUCGUUCCAGAGACACGUAUGCGUACUUAUGAAGAGCUGGAUGAGCUUUUUAUGAACAAGGUCCCCACACGGCAGUUCCGUGGUUAUGUCACUGUUGCCGAGCGACGUGCGGCGGAGGCAUAUAAUGUGGAGAACAAGAUUAAAGAGGUUGAAGGAGAGGAUGUAUAG